GGAGGAGAGAUGAGAGGGUGAGGAGAGCCUCGGGUCCACACAUCACUGGAUGCGGCAGCGGCAUGUGGAUGACAGACACACAGGAGACGUGUGCGGGGACUUUAUGCUGACGUCCGGGCUCUCAUAGGAGCGCAUGACCCGCAGUGAUGGCCGGGGGACGCAGAGGACUAGUGGCCCCACAAAACACUUUUCUGGAAAAUAUUGUCCGACGGUCUAACGUUUGGACAUUAUCACAUAGACACACAGACACAAACUUUGUGUUGGGAAAUGCCCAGAUCGUAGACUGGCCCAUCGUUUACAGUAAUGAUGGAUUUUGUAAGCUGUCUGGCUAUCACCGUGCUGAGGUCAUGCAGAAAAGCAGCACUUGCAGCUUCAUGUAUGGAGAGCUCACAGAUAAGGACACAUGUGAAAAAGUUCGGCUGACUUUUGAGAACUAUGAAAUGAACUCAUUUGAGAUCUUGAUGUACAAGAAAAAUAGAACGCCGGUGUGGUUUUUUGUGAAAAUAGCGCCUAUACGAAAUGAACAGGAGAAGGUUGUGCUCUUCCUGUGUACGUUUAGUGACAUCACAGCAUUCAAACAACCAAUUGAAGAUGACUCCUCCAAAGGAUGGGGGAAGUUUGCUCGUCUGACUAGGGCUCUGACCAGCAGUAGAGGGGUCCUGCAACAACUGCAGCCCACUGUACAUAAAGGAGAGAGUGUACAUAAACACUCGCGCCUUGCAGAGGUUCUCCAGCUGGGCUCAGACAUCCUGCCCCAGUACAAACAAGAGACGCCCAAGACCCCUCCUCACAUCAUCCUGCACUACUGUGCCUUUAAGACAACAUGGGACUGGGUCAUCCUCAUUCUCACCUUCUACACCGCCAUCAUGGUCCCAUACAAUGUCUCGUUCAAAACCAAGCAGAACAAUGUCACCUGGCUGGUUGUGGACAGCAUUGUGGAUGUGAUCUUUUUGGUAGAUAUUGUACUGAAUUUCCACACCACGUUCGUGGGCCCAGCCGGCGAAGUGAUAUCAGACCCGAAACUGAUUCGCAUGAAUUACUUGAAAACCUGGUUUGUGAUUGACCUGUUGUCCUGUCUGCCUUAUGAUGUCAUCAACGCCUUUGAGAACGUGGACGAGGGUAUCAGUAGCUUGUUUAGUUCGCUGAAGGUGGUUCGGUUGUUGCGUCUUGGCCGGGUGGCUCGCAAACUAGAUCACUACAUUGAAUAUGGUGCGGCUGUUUUGGUUCUGCUAGUUUGCGUGUUUGGGCUGGCGGCCCAUUGGCUGGCCUGCAUCUGGUACAGUAUUGGAGACUAUGAGGUGAUUGACGAGGAUCGUAACACAGUACGUACGGACAGCUGGCUUUAUAUGCUGGGUGAGACCAUGGGGUCACCCUAUCGCUUCAACGCCAGCGGAAGGGGAAGAUGGGAAGGCGGACCUACAAAAGAUUCUGUCUACAUUACGUCUCUGUACUUCACCAUGACCAGCCUGACCAGUAUUGGCUUUGGAAACAUCGCUCCAACCACAGAUUGGGAGAAGAUCUUCGCUGUGGCCAUGAUGAUGAUUGGAUCUCUCCUCUACGCCACCAUCUUCGGUAACGUGACAACUAUCUUCCAGCAGAUGUAUGCUAACACAAACCGCUAUCAUGAGAUGCUGAACAGUGUGCGGGACUUUCUCAAGCUGUACCAGGUGCCCAAAGGCCUGAGCGAGAGAGUUAUGGAUUACAUCGCCUCCACGUGGUCCAUGUCCCACGGUAUUGACACUGAAAAGGUUUUACAGAUCUGUCCUAAAGACAUGCGUGCUGAUAUAUGCGUGCACCUUAACAGGAAGGUUUUCAAGGAACAUCCUGCUUUCCGUUUGGCCAGUGACGGCUGUUUGCGGGCUUUAGCCAUGGAGUUCCAGACCAUCCACUGCGCUCCAGGAGAUCUUAUCUACCAUGCGGGCGAGAGCGUGGACAGCCUCUGUUUUGUGGUGUCAGGGUCACUGGAGGUCAUCCAAGAUGACGAGGUGGUCGCCAUUCUGGGUAAAGGUGAUGUGUUUGGGGACGUGUUCUGGAAGGAGGUGACUCUAGCUCAGGCGUGUGCUAAUGUGAGAGCGCUAACAUACUGUGACCUGCAUGUGAUCAAACGGGACGCGCUUCAGAAAGUCUUAGAAUUCUACACCGCCUUCUCCAACCACUUUUCACGAAACCUCCUGCUAACGUACAACCUGCGCAAACGGCUUGUGUUCAGAAAGAUCAGUGAUGUGAAGCGUGAGGAAGAGGAGAGGCUGAGGAGGAAGAAUGAGGCCCCGCUGAACCUCCCCCCUGAUCAUCCCGUCCGCCGUCUGUUCCAGCGAUUCCGGCAGCAGAAGGAAGCCCGUCUCGCCGCUGGGCAUCCCAAUACCGAUGACCCUGAUCUCGAGAAGGGCCAAAUCCACCAUGAAUUCAUCAGCCAAGAUGUAGUCGCCACCACAAGCAUCGUCACAGUAACAGAAAGCCCGGCCACACCUAUCCCGUCCCACCCGAGCAAAUACCGUACCCUGGGUCCAUUUGACCAGGCUAAGCUUAGCGCCCCUGCCCCAAAUGUUCCUCGGACAUCAGAGCCACGCACACGAGGAUGGGCGAGGUUUAGGGAGAGCAUGGCAAAGCCAGAAAGCUGGGGAAACGUUCCUAAAGCGGAAUCAAUGGAGACUCUGCCAGAUCGAAGCGGCUCCAGAAAGAUUUCGGAGCCCAGCGGACUGAAGAAGACCGAUUCCUGUGACAGUGGCAUCACCAAAAGCGACCUCCGGCUGGACGAAGGUGGCACCCGCACCCCUGUAGACCGAAGCCCGGUCCAGCCCGACGGAAAAUCUACCCCAAUCCCACCAAUUCCCGAACACACACUGCACGCCUCACUCCUGGAACUCCGUACUGAACUUAAAGAGGAGCUGUCCGCACUCGGUAACCGAAUGGUUGCUUUGGAGACACAGGUCGCUGAGGUGUUGAGGUUGCUAAGGAGCAGAAAGACUCCGACCUCUCCCAUGUCACUCUUCCAGAUCUCACGGCCGACAUCGCCAGACACAGACAAGGAGGACAUUUUCCCUUAAAGAAAAUGAGGUAAGCAUCUUUCAUCUUGAAAGGGAAACGACUGAGAGACUUUUCUCUGAGAAAGGAUAAAAAAAAUGAACUUAUUGUGCCAGCAAAAAGCAUGACAGACACUCUGAGAGAGUGUGUGUGAGAAAGAAUGAGUGAGGGAAAGGAUGAAAUAAGACACUGGAACGAAGAAGAGGAUGUCUUAUCCCAUGGCAGAGCAUCUGCGAUACCAAAGUGAUGUUGUGUUAGUUGUCACCAAGACACUCUUUGUGUCGAACUGCUCCCUGUUUUCGUCCUGCGAGGCUGACAGGCAGUGAGAGCUCUUGCCGCAGGGCCCACUCUGACUGAUGGUUGUCAUGGCAAUGCACCGUCCCCAACUGCAAGUGCGGGCCCUUCAAGAUCCCACUCAUGUAGCAAGUCUUCCCCUCUCUCCUUCACUCUCACACACAUCGCUGUUUGUGCUCUGCAGUCUUUCCGGUAUAGGGAUCUACUGCGCUCCUCCCCGCCGAACAUGAGCCUUUAUCAGGAAUCACAGAGCUAAGCGUCUUACCCAAAUACAUGGUCAUGGUGGUGUGGAGAUAAGUUGCUCGACAAAAGACUGGAGAAGCUAUGGAACUAUGGAAACCCCAGGCAGCUUUGGUGAAUUACUUCAGACAAAUGUGUUUGUACAAUGACAAAUCACUACUAUCCCAAGAGCUGUACAUGUUACUGGAGAAACUAAUGAGCUCUACAGGGGUUUUGAAGUGUAACGGCUGUUAAGGCCCUUUGCCAUGACUUGCGUCAAUGCACAUCUCAACAGAAUUUAAAAUAAAAUCAACCAACAAUGGUAUUGUACAGUUUUAGGAAUGCACAAUAUAUCGAAAUUAUAUCGGUUUACAGAUUUAUUGGAUAUAUAUCAGCCAGUAUUGAAUAUUUAAUAGUAUAGUACAUGCUCAUUUCCGCUAUAUUUGCAUUUAGGCUCACUGAUAGUUAAUUUUUAAAAACAAUAAUUUAACAAGACUGUUAAAUUAUCUUAAAUUAUGUGUAGCAAAUUUCGAAAUUAAUAUCUAUUUUUUCAUACUGUACAUUAUACAUUGUUGGGAUACCUAAUUUUUUUUUAUAUUUGUACAUCCCUAUAUAUUUUUUCCCCUUAAAUUACACAAAAAAUAUUCUGAGGCUGGUCUAAAGUGCAAAUAAACAACUGAAAAAAUCAGGAUUUUCUUUACUAGUCACCAUAUCAAGUGUUACGAUUUCUAUCAUUUAUAUUCUACAAGUGGUCCGUCUCCUCUCCCUCAUACAUCUAUGAAUAUGUCUUUGACAUUGUGUUAACUGGUUAUAAUUUUGAGCGUUGUGUUAUAGCGUAUGGCCUGCAGACAAUGUGCAUUGGAGGUAACGCUGCAGCAUGAUGUUUAAUUGGUAGAUGUUGAUGCAAGUCAUGUGAAAGGAUCUUCUCCUCCUCUGGUCUACAACAGGCAUCUUCAAACAAGUUCAUGAGUGACUUGUUGGAUUGCAGAGCCCAAGUUUUAUAAAAUAACAAUGGAAGAACUAGUGAAAUGAAAGCAUGUAAGUUGUUUCUUUAUCAACGACUGGGUCUUCCAGAAAGCACACAAACAUAUUACCAUGGGUGCACUAUUAUUAUUCAGAUAGCUAGAGCAUUGUAGCUUUGUUUUACAAAAUGAAUUGAUGGACGUAAUCAAUACACAUGAACACCACAGUACAUCAUAACACAGCUGUGAGGAACUUUCAGAAUUACAGCAAACAUCCAAACACAAAGAAACUCAGGAAUGAAGAGGGGUGAUGGUUUGAGAGAGCUCAUCCCGACCCCUUUCCUGGAUGUUUUUACAUAUUAAAUACUAAAACUGUGGCAUUAUUAUCUCACCAGUCCUGAUAUAAUGUCUGCACAAAUUCUCAUCUUUUCAUUGUUCAAUAGGAGAGACUGGGGCUUGUUGUCAACAGCGUAAUAUAUAUA